CAGUGUUAUAUGAUAUGGUGUUGCUUUCUUUCUAAUAUUUCUCUCUUGUCGUUCCAGGUUUGGUUGUGAGUGUGUGUGUGUUUGCGUGUCGCGCUGGCGUGUAUGAAUGGAUGUUGGCAUGGGGAACGCAGAACACCAGGGGGCGCUGACAAAGGGCGAAGUGCUGCCACGCCCCGCCUCCAGCCAAUCAGAGGGUUUUAAACAGGGUCGCUCGGUCUUGAACUCUCUGCUCUCGGGGGCGUUUGCAGGAGCCGUGGCCAAAACAGCCGUCGCCCCGCUGGACCGAACCAAGAUUAUCUUCCAAGUGUCGUCGAAUAGAUUCUCUGCUAAGGAGGCGUACAGGUUAAUUUACCGCACGUAUCUGAAGGAUGGCUUCUUCAGUCUGUGGAGGGGAAACUCGGCCACGAUGGUGCGCGUCAUUCCAUACGCUGCCAUCCAGUUCUGCGCUCAUGAACAAUACAAGAGGAUUCUGGGACAGUAUUACGGCUUCCAGGGCAAAGCUCUGCCGCCUGUGCCGCGGCUGCUGGCCGGUUCGCUGGCGGGAACCACGGCUGCCAUGAUCACAUAUCCGCUGGACAUGGUCCGAGCUCGCAUGGCCGUCACACCCAAAGAGAUGUACAGUAACAUCCUGCACGUGUUCGUCCGAAUCUCUCGUGAGGAGGGGCUGCAGACGCUCUACAGAGGAUUCACUCCCACCAUCCUCGGCGUCAUGCCGUAUGCAGGACUCAGCUUCUUCACCUACGAGACGCUCAAGAAAAUCCACACAGGAAAUGAUGUCACAGUUGUGGAAACAGCUGAAUGGAGGAUGUCAGAAAGGGGCGUGUCCACAAUGGAAUGUGAGGUUAUAACGCCGAGUUCAUCCUCCAGCCGAUUCCAGCUUCCUGUUCAGUACAGAUACAGGAAGUGACAUCAGUGAAUCUUCAGGGCGACACAGGAUCAGGUCAGAUCCACCCGAGUUUGUCUUUCACAUCUUUACUGCGGAAAAGAGCAUGAAAACAUUAGUCCAUCAUUCUGUGUGUAUAAUAGUAUUUAUAUGAUUCAAACAGAUUAAAUGACAGAAAAAAUGCAUUACAUUUUAUUCACACUCUUACAAAAAAUACCAUAGAAUUACCCUUAAAACACCAUUGGAUUUUAAGCAAUACCAUGAAACUUUUUGAAUUUUAAAAUCAUAAAAUAUUCAUAUAGUUACCAAACAGUAUGAUGUUAUUUCUCAAAAUAUCUUUCAUCAUCUGAGGGCAUUGGGGCAUUUUCUAGUUCAGCGGUCAAAAUAUCAUUUUUAAAA